GAGCAGCCAUGCCCCUGAACUCGAGGAGGCUGUCGAAGUUACAGACGGAGAGGAGGGAGAGGCGGAAGCUGGCCCUGGUCGCUGUGUGCUGUGUGCUGCUAACACUAGCAUUACUGGCAGUGGGUCUCUACUACAUAAUCGGGCUGAUAAACUCGAGGUUUUAUUUCUGUGCUGGGUCUCUGAGGUUUGUUCCAGUAGCUAAAGCGUGUGAUGGGGAGGCUGAUUGUGCUGAUGGAGAGGAUGAGCUCACCUGUGUGUCCAACCUGAGCAUUAAUGCCACCUAUCCAGUGCGAUUGGUAGGUGAGAGUUUAAUCUUGCAGGUUUUUGUUGACAACCAAAAGUGGAUAACUGUGUGUGCGGACAACUGGAGAAGCCAGUACACUCGGGCAGCAUGCCAGCAGCUGGGAUACACACACAGCCCACGGAGUGUUCAAGUCCCUGUGAAGAGUCUACAGUCUGUUGUAGGGACGACUUUCGCCGUUAUCAAUACUGAAACUCCAGAAGCAAGUACAGCCAUUCAGAACGUACUCAGUGUGAGAGAUCAGUGCUCGUCCGGCUCAGUAAUAUCACUGUCUUGUUCAGACUGCGGGGAGGUGGUUGGCUUGAAUCGUAUUGCAGGCGGAGUGGACACAGUAGCAGAGUUGUGGCCAUGGCAGGUCAGUGUGCAGUGGGAUGGACACCACGUCUGUGGCGGAGCACUGAUCUCCACACGAUGGGUCAUCAGCGCUGCUCACUGCUUUACUGGACGGACACGGGAAAUCGGUGCAUGGCGUGUAGUUCUCGGCCACACCUACCUGACAUCAUCAGGAGGCGUAUCCUUGGAAACCAUCAUCCUUCAUGAAGACUACAGCCACGUACGCCACGACUACGACAUCGCCAUGCUCCGACUGGCUUGGGCCGUGACACUUGGAGACUCCAUUCACCCGGUCUGUCUGCCCCCGCACCAGCUAUCAAUCAAGGAAGGGGAGGAGCUUGUGGUAACUGGGUGGGGUGUGCUGAAGGAGAAUGGUCAGUUAUCAUCUGUGCUAGACAAAGCCACAGUACCUCUGAUUGACCAGUCUGUGUGUUCAAAUAAAUCUGUCUACGGCUCUGCUAUCACUCCCAGAAUGCUAUGCGCUGGCUACCUCCAAGGUGGAGUAGAUUCUUGCCAGGGGGAUAGUGGGGGUCCGCUGGUCUACCUGUCAUCUCGAUGGCAGUUGGUGGGCGUGGUGAGCUGGGGGGCAGGCUGUGCCCGUAAAGGAAAACCUGGAGUUUACACUGACAUCAGGCAGCUACUCGACUGGAUUUAUACAGUCCUGGAGAAAUACCCCUGAGAAUGUGUACAGUGACUCAUGGGAAGUUGCAUCUAUCAACAGCCAAUCACCACUGUGUGACACAAGCAUGAUCUCACGUUUGUUGUGAGACGGUAGAAAUGAAGAAAACUCAGUUAACAUAAUGUA